AUGUACCACUCAACACCCACCCAACACCACCUACUACUACUACUACUACCUACCACCAAUCACCACCACUUACAACCCACCAACCACCACCACUACCAACCACUCAUCAACACAACCAACAAUCCACUACCACUACCACCACCACCCGUCACCAUCAACCCCACCACCAUCACAUAUCGCCAUCACCACCACCAACCAUCCACCACCACCCACCAAUCACUACCACCACCUAUUAGCAGGAUCUGCCUACACCAUCUAUCACUACCAUGUGCCAACACCACUCCACCUAUCACCCACCAAAACCACCAGUACCCACCACCAUCAUUACCACCCACCACCACCAACCACCACCACCCACCACCAUUACCAACACCCGCCACUACUACCAACCACUAA